CUCGAGCCUCGACGUGUGUAACACACCCUCCUGCGUUACAUGUGCAAGCACAGCGUUGCAUGUACGAGUACGCUGCCGCAGCCAUGGACGCAGCUGUUGUGAGCUUACGCUCUCCUGAUAUUUCCGCACUGGCUCCAUCCAGAACAAAGCGAAAGUGGGAGGGCGACGGCGAUGUUGCGUCUGGUAGAACCACCUCAGCUGCCCGGUCCCGAGCCCGUACCAAUGGCUAUGAGACAAGAAGAAGUGUUCAGCGGGCAUGUUCAGCUCGCACAGAAGUGGCCUAUGCGCUGUCUUCGUCUGCUUCUGCAGCCACCGAAACAAAGCCUGUUCUGGUGGCGGCAAACCCCAGGCGAGUACCGGUACCUGAGGAGUCUGUAACCAUCCCGCAAACACAACCCCCGACCUAUCCAGAUCCUCAGCUGCAUAGUACAGACAGUCCAUCAGGCCACUAUUCUGUCGCCCAAGAUUGCUGUGCCGGGACUAUCUUUUGCCAUGACAACGACGCCACGCUGAUCGCUUAUACUGAAGCUCCGGCAUACUACACUCAUUACUCCACCAUGCAGCCGGAGUCUGCGACUCCCAGCCCACAUUUCCAACAAAGCCAUUGGCCUGUCCAAGGUCAACCUGGCGAUGGCCACAGCCAGUCUCAUAUUCCUCAAGUACCAUUGCGUCCGCGUCCCCAGUCUGUGCCACUGCCGUUGAUUCAAGCCAAUGGUUCAGUGUAUCCGGCGCACCCAGUCUCACCUCACCACGAUACCGGUGCCAACCUCGCGGGUUUCCCACCUGGCCAUGCGUUUCAGCCACCAGCCUUUGGCCUGACUGUCCAAUAUAAUAUCCAGCAGCAAUUUUAUCCUCCUUCUCAUCACUUUCAGCAAUUUUCACCGCACCAAGGAACUGAACAACGUCCCACCCCGACGCCACAAGUAUAUAUUUACAACAACGCGUCAAUCCCGCCGCACGUCUCGGCAGAUACCAGACAAGUUAGCCAUUCUAGCAUUGGCGUGUCUAGAGGACGCCAUAUUCCCGAGACACAUCAGCAGGCGCGUGUAACUCAUUACCUCGCCCAGCAGCCUACGAUGAACGAACCCAUUUACACUGGGUCUGAAGCGGCGGCAAGCGGAGUUGUUCAUGCCCAAGAUGACGGCUCGUACGAGCAGCACACGCUUAUGGGCGGCAGCGCUGAUUGGCAACGGCCAGUGGGUUAUGUUACCGCCGAAGCUCCUGGAACCGUUGUUGAAAUUGAUGACGCCAUGUCUGAUGCUUCGGGAAUUUCUGAUACCAUAGAGAUCCACUGUGAUGUACAUGACGACAGUGAGGCACAGGAUGACUCGGCAGGAACAGGCGACGAACGCCAGGAGCCGGAGCCAUCUUCUUCUGUGAAAGAAGAGGAUGCUGCAGUCUCCUCGGGUAGAAGGUCGAAGCGAAGUCAACUAAGCCAUUCUAGACGAAAGAAAACUGCAGCGACGAGAAGGCACAAGGCUUGUACACGAUGCCGGAUACAAAAGAUGCGGUGUGCGACAGACCCGACUGAUCCAACGGGAGCCUGUGUAGGAUGCAAGAGCUUUUCCAAGACGUCGAAGAAGACCAUUCACCGAAUGCCAUGUUAUCGUGGAAAGAUUACGGAUGCAAUCCUGUUUCGCAAAGGAGGGCUUGAGCUUACUAAGCGCUGGAAAGACGCAGAGAUGAAGGAUGUGGGAGACCGAGUCAAUCCCAAGGAAGUUCGCACCAUCUCCAUCACUCUGGGCAUAUGCAAAGAGGCUAUCGAGGUCAAGGUAGUCGCAUUCAAGCCCCAAGAGGGGGACGUGACUGCCAGAUUCUGGAUGGAUGGUGAGCAGGGAGUGAAAAAGAAGAAGGAACUGGCAACUUAUUGCCUGUCCAGCAUUUACGACACAGCGGCCGACUUUGAGGGCUACAUCAAGAGGAACGCACUCCAAGUCAUGUGGAAUGAGAGGGCAGGUGGGAAUGACGGGCCUAAAGGCAUUCUCGAGGAGACGUACGCUCAUGUGCUUGGUCGAUUCCAAGAUCUUCGGAGAAAACCUGAACUUGUUGGCAAGGAGGAGAGAGAACUCAAUGUGUUGGGGAAUUUGGUUAUCUUGUGGUUCGCUAUGCGCCAUUCGACUGGGUCUUCAUGGAUCCAGGGCAAGGAAACGUUGGGAAUGAAACCCGAGACAAGAGACGAUACUUACCCGCUCUUUAAAAGAGUUUCGGUGCCACGCAUGAUCCUUGCGCAGUUUGACAGCAUCAACUACACCCGAAUCCUCAGCAAGUAUGGAAAGUUUGUCCUCGGCGAGCUCGAGUCUCUCAUGUCGCGAAAUCAGCCAGAGUUCUUCUUUUUGGUUUACGCUUGCCUGUUUAUCCUGCUACGAGAGGCGAGCUGGACGAGCGCAGACCGCUACCGUCACGCGCGAAACAAUUACGGCCAGAGUGUUCGCUAUUCAAUCCCCCAAUUUGUAGAAAGCCUACAUAACAGCUGCAAUAAUCUCCUUCAGCACUGGCACUACUAUAAUGCCAAGCAGUGGCCUAAGCCCAGCGCCGCGGCCGACAGGUUCAACACUCAACUGGCCCAGGUGGAGGCGGUGGAUUAUAAUAUCAUGAUGAAGGCACUUACAGAUCCUGCAGUGCAGGGACAGCUGGAUGUCUGGAGGCGUUACAAGGCAGACAAUGGCUAUGUGAAUCAACCCGCUCCAAACAAUGUUGGAGGGAGGCCCUAUGAGGGGCGCCAGGUUUUCUACGACUGGGAUCACCCUUUGUAUUGGGUUGCACAGCUAUUUGAGGAAAAUUGGCAGCCGCACGCCACGUACCAGGCGGAACAGAUUGAUCUAAUGAACUUGCCAACUAUGCCAUGAAGCGUGCUGACGCAAAAGAUUUGGGAUUGCAUCGCAUCGUGGAUGCAAUGAUUGGGUAUUUUUACGAGGGUUUCAGGGAUUGGGUUUGGAUUAUUUACGGAUCAUCGCUCGUUUUGGGUCACUCAUUUGAAUGAAGUGAUAAUACUCUCUUUCUAUACGGGUUAAUUAAUAGUUGUGGGAUUCUACUAUGUUGGGUAUGCAGGCUGGAUAUGAUGGUUAGGUAGUCUCAGAUUGAACAAGAUGGAACAAGAUCAGGUUGAAGCAAGUUGACGAGAAUGAUUUGCCCUGCAAACUUCU